UUGAAAAUUGUUUGAACCGGAAGAGAUUGUCAUAGUGGCAUCGGUAACUAACGUAAUGUAUUCUCUACUGCUAACACGUGCGUAGCUGUCAAAGAAACGUUUAUCCGUCAACAACUCCACUUCUAGAAUUGAAUUGCACUAUUAGUUGUUUCCAAUGUAAUAAUGGCUGAUGCAUUCAGUAGCAGCUCGGAAACCGUAAUUCAGCGUGUGGUAGAGGUCACAGUGAAAAGAAAUACCCCUGUGGAAAAACUUGAAGAGUUGUAUCAGAUUAAGGAGACUUGCGACUUCUUCAGAGAGCAUCAGUUUGAAAAGGUUGCACUGCAGUUUCCUGAUGAGCUGCUGGUGGAUUCAGUUGCAAUAGCAGUGGAGAUUGAGAGAAUUAGCAAUGCCAAGACGUUCAUUUUGGGAGAUACAUCCUAUGGCAGUUGCUGCGUGGACGAGAUAGCUGCAGAACAUGUUGGAGCCGACUGCAUCGUGCACUACGGCAGCGCUUGCCUCAGCCCGUCUAAACGGCUGCCGUUGAUGUACGUCUUUGAGCGGAGACCUGUGGAUCUUGAGAAGUGCACUUCUGCCUUCAGAGAACUCUACCCGGACACACAGAGUCCCGUGGUCAUCCUGUGUGACGUCAACUAUGUGCAUGCUAAAGAUGAUCUUGUGACACUCCUUUCUCCAGAGUAUCCUAACCUUGUCGUCUCAGAACUUUUUGUGGAAGGGGAGCGGUGUUACAGUCACGGCCGGAUUAAAAGAAAGCAUGAUGACACCCGUCUGUCGGAGCCGGGCGCCAACCAGCAUAUUUAUCAAUUUGGAAGGCAGUUCUCCUUGAGGAGUGGUUUGAGCAUCACUGAUUACAGUAUGUUUUAUAUAGGCCAAGAGGGAGCAACUCUGAGAAACUUCAUGAUGACUUGGAAUCGCUGCUCAUUUUGUUCUUUUGACCCCGUAAAAAUGGCGGGCAGGACAGAGUCAGUAAGUAUCAACCGUACACUGAUGAAGCGUUAUUACGCCAUAGAAAGGGCCAAAGAUGCUAACGUGGUUGGCAUCCUGGUUGGCACACUGGGCAUGGCCGACUACCUCCACAUCAUCCAGCAGUUGAAGGAGACCAUCCGAGGAGCUGGCAAGAAGAGCUACAUGUUUGCCAUGGGGAAGCUGAACGUGCCCAAACUGGCAAACUUUCUCGAAAUUGACAUCUUUGUGUUAAUUGCAUGUCCUGAGAACUCACUGCUGGACUCAAGUGACUUCUAUAAACCUGUAGUAACACCGUUUGAGAUGGAGGUGGCCUGCAACAAGAAGAGGGAGUGGUCACAGGAAUAUGUCACGGACUUUCGACAUCUCCUGCCAGGUGGACGGAGUCAUGUUCCAUUGGCUGAUCAGCAGGAGGAGGGCGAUGAGACCGACGUGUCUUUGAUCACAGGAGCUCUGCGAAGUUCCAGCCUGUUGAGCAAUGAGCCUGCCGUGUCCCCCUGGGCCUCGUCCCUGGUCCCCAGGAACCAGACACUCACUGUGGCCAACACCAACUCAGCUGCAUGGUUCCUGGCAGAGCGCAGCUGGCGGGGCUUGGAGCAGAGGUUGGGAGAGACGCCUGUUGUGAAGGCGGUGCAGGGCAGGAGAGGCAUAGCUAUUGCCUACGAAGAGGAAGGAACGUCUCCAUGACAACUUAACUCAACACAAUAUUUCAUCAUACCUGCAGGUAUUAAAUGUAUAUUGCUUGUAAAUUACUGGAAACUGUAAGGAAUGAUACAUUUUUAUUAAAUCAAUAUCAGAUGUCA